AAAAAGAAUAUAAACAUGUCAAACGCUGACAACAGUGAGACUGAUGUUCACAAUCCUCCUCGGAGAAGAAGAUCAAGCAAAAGUAAACCUCCUGACUUGAGUGAUCUGAGGGUUGUUCUGCUGGGGAAGAGUGUGUCAGAAAACAGUCGAGUGGGAAACUUCAUAUUAGGACGAGCAGCGUUUGACAGUGAAGCUCCUCCAGAUGUUGUAGAGAGAGUUGGAGGAAGAUUGAAGGACAGACACGUGAUCCUCAUCAACAGUCCUCAGCUGCUCGAAACACACCUGUCAUUUCGUCAGAUCACGAAGACUGUGAGAGAGUGUGUGUAUCUGUCAGAUCCAGGACCUCAUGUGAUCGUUCUGCUCCUCAAACAUGAUCAGUGUUCAGCAGAAGAUCAAGAGUGUGUGGAGAAGGUGCUGGACUCUUUCUCUGAGCGGGUUUAUCAACACACCAUGGUGCUCACGACACAAGAGCCGACUGAAACCGACGACAUCCUACAGAAAAUCAUUCAGAAAUGCUGCAACAGACACUUCAGUCUUCAGGGAAACAGCUCUCCUGAUGAUCUUCUGCAGACGUUUGAGGAUAUUGAGCAAAUGAAUGAUGGACGGCACCUGGAUUGUGCUGAAGCUUCACAGGGUUUCACAAUGAGGCAACAGGACACAGAAAGACGUUCAACAGAGAGUGAAGAUGAUCUGAGGAUUGUUCUGCUGGGAAAAACUGGAGUUGGGAAAAGCGCAACUGGAAACACCAUCUUAGGAAGAAACGCUUUUAAAGCAGAGGAAUCUUUUGAAUCAGUGACCAAUGAGAGUCAGAGAGAAACAUCUGACAUCAACGGUCGACGUGUUACUGUGAUCGACACUCCAGGACUGUUUGAUACUGAACUCACUAAUGAAGAGAUCCAGAGAGAAAUCAGACACUGCAUCUCCAUGAUUCUGCCUGGACCGCAUGCGUUUCUCUUACUGAUUCCACUGGGACGAUUCACUAAAGAAGAACAAGAAUCAGUGAAGAUCAUCCAAGAGACGUUUGGUGAGAAGUCUUUAAUGUUCACCAUCGUGCUCUUCACCAGAGGAGACUUUCUGAAGAACAAAACCAUUGACCAGUGUUUGGGAAAACCUGGAUCUGUGAUCAGAAACCUGAUUGAAGUGUGUGGAAACAGAUAUCAUGUGUUCAAUAAUAACCAGACUGGAGACCGAACACAGGUGUCUGAUCUAUUGAAGAAGAUAGACAACAUGGUGAAAGCAAAUGGAGGGAGUUUCUACUCCUGUAAGAUGUUCAGACAGAUGGAGAGAGAACAACAAGAACAACAGAUGAAGAUCCUGAUGGACAGAGUCAGAGAAAGAGAAGAACUGAUGGAAAAACUAAAAGAGGAGAAAGAGAGAAUGAAGAUUAUGAUGGAGGAAGAACAACAGAAUUAUGUCAAAGAGAGAAAGAGAAGAGAAGAGGAGGAAAAAAAGAGGUGGGAGAGAGAAGAACAGAUUUCUAAUGAACAGUAUCAGAGACUCAAGAGUGAAAUGGAGAGAAUAGUCAGAGAGAAAGAAAGAAUAGAAAGAGAGAGACAAGAACAGCUAGAGGAUUUAGAGAGGAGACUUAAAGAAGAAAGAAACGUGAGAGAAGAUCAACAAAACACUUUUGAAGAGAAACUGAAACUCCUUGAAGAACAGCAUGAAGAUGAACUGAAGAGAAGACUAGAGGAGUGGAGAGAGGAAUAUGAGAGAGAGAAAGAUGAGGAGAUGAAGAUCUGCACUGAAACUGAUGAUUCACUACAGGGAGAAAACAGUGACAUUGGAACAGGAGUCACAGCACAUCUAUUUCGCAGACUUCAUCUUCACGGGCGUCACAAUAAACUGAGAGCUGCAGAUGUUCUUCAGGUAACUGAACAUUCAUUACAGUCCCAUGAGUCUUGUGCUGAAGAGGAGCUGGUUCAAAAUUUCCUUCAAAAACUACUGAUGAUGGACUACAGAGUAAGAUAUAUUAAAUCUAAAGAGACCAAUGAAGGUCACAAAGAACAAGGCACCUAUGACUCAUUUAGACAAGAAGCUGAUUCUGAUGACUUUUUUAAUUUCAAUGUAAAAUCAGUGUCUAAUGAAAGAACAAGCCGGUCUGAUCGCAUUCACCCGAUGGAUGUUCAGAUGGCCGUGUUUCAUUGUGCUGAUGGUUUCCUGAAGCAGUUGAUGGUCACUAAACUGUCCCAGUGUCAGUACGCUCUGCCUCUGCUUGUUCCUGAUCCAUUCACACAACAGAUUGAGUUUCCUCUCUGGACAUUCAGACAAAUCAACAAGAGCUGGAAGAUGAGAAACACCAACAAUGAAAUCAUCAGUCAAACCCAUCUGGUCUACAAGGCACAAACUCCAAUGGUGUCUUUCUUCAGGUUUGGCUCUGUGUCUUCAUCCAAGUCUCAGCUGAUGAACAGUCUGAUCAAUGAGAAACACAACACGUUCUUCCACAGGAACUGUCCAGGCAGCAGCAGAACCAGAGUCCUGAUGGAUGGAGUGGUGGAGAUCGCCUGGUUCUGCCCCUCUGGGAAAAACACGGAUAAAUUCACUGACUGUGUUGCGUUCUGUAAUCUACACGGUGAUGCUGGAGAUCAUGAGAAACAGCUGCAGAUCCUCACUGAAAUGGCCUCAGUCAAUGUUGUCCUUCUACCAUGUCUUCAGAGGGAUGACAAAAGUGCAGAAAAGAUCCAGAACAUGUUCAGAAUAACAACACCUCUUAUUUGUCUUUUUACAGAGGAUAAAUCUUCUUUAAUGAAGAUGAAGAAAGGGAAAUUUAAGAUUGGUCUGAAAGACAGACAUCAGUCAGAAGUAUCUGAAGAACUCAGAAGAGCCAUAAAUGAGUGUCUCUCAGAAUCAUCUUCCACUUUCAGACUUGAAUAUUUGUCCAAACACUCAGACAUCAGAGUAGAUGAGAAAGAUGAUGAAGACUGCAGGAGAGGAAGAGAAGCAGCACAGCAGAUGAUGAGUUUACUGGAGAAGAAAGAUCUGACAGAAAUUAAAGAAUCAUUUCUGCCUCAUCAGGGGAAACUGUGGCAUCAGUGGAGUCAGAAGAACAAAGAACUACAUCGACCUCGAGCAAAUGAGACAGAAAUGGACAUCAGUAGAAAACUAACAGAGAUGAAGAAAAUCCGUGAACAGCAGCAUGAAUCUGAGAUCAGUGAGUUUAUGAAGUUCUUUAUUAAUGAAAUUAACUCAGAUGCUGCAAAUAAAAAUUUUUUUUUUCUGAAGUUGCUUAAAAUAUGCCUGGAUGAAUAUAUGUCUACUGGCCUUUCUGCUAUACAUAAAAAAUAUGAUGAAAAGUGGUCAGCAGUUGUAAGACUGAAAGAGAAUGAUGAUAAAUCCAAGGAAUUGACAACUGAAAAAGAAGAACUUGUGAGAAUGUCUAAGGAUCUUCAAGCUGCAGGCUUUGGGUUGGAGCACAUCAUGAGGGAGAUCGGUCAGAUCUAUGAAUCAUGUUCAUCUGUGAAGAAGAACAAGAAAGAUCUGCCGUUUGACUUCUCUUCUCUCCCGAGUCUCGCAGCAGAGAUGAUGAUCUCUGGAUUUCCAUUGGAGCUGAUGGAUGGAGAUGCUGCUCAUGUUCCUGUGAUCUGGAUCUCUGCUGUUCUAGAUAAACUCAUCCAGAAACUGGGAGACCAGAGAGUCUUUGUGCUGUCAGUUUUAGGGAUUCAGAGCUCUGGGAAAUCCACCAUGCUGAACGCCAUGUUUGGACUCCAGUUUGCCGUCAGUGCUGGCAGGUGCACCAGAGGAGCUUUCAUGCAGCUGGUCAAAGUCUCAGACGAGAUGAAAACACAGAUGAACUUUGACUAUAUUCUGGUUGUUGAUACUGAGGGUCUUCGUGCUCUAGAACUGGCUGGACGAUCAAUACAGCAUCAUGACAAUGAAUUGGCCACAUUUGUUGUUGGUCUAGGAAAUCUGACCUUGAUCAACAUCUUUGGAGAAAACCCAUCUGAGAUGCAGGACAUUCUUCAGAUUGUUGGUCAGGCCUUCCUGAGGAUGAAGAAGGUCAGACUGAAUCCCAGCUGUGUGUUUGUGCAUCAGAACAUCUCAGACGUCACAGCUGGAGAGAAAAUCAUGGAGGGAAGGAGACGACUGCAGGAGAAACUGGAUGAGAUGACAAAACUUGCUGCAGAAGAGGAAGUUUGUGAUGCAGAAUGUUUCAGUGAUGUCAUUAGAUUUGAUAUUCAGAAUGAUGUGAAGUAUUUCGCUCAGCUCUGGGAGGGAAACCCACCGAUGGCACCACCAAACCCAAACUACUGUGAGAAUAUUCAAGAACUAAAGAAAACGAUCAUGUCUUAUCCCUCAAAAUCACAUGGAAUGAUGCUGAUAGACCUAAAAGAUCGUAUUAAAGAUCUCUGGGAGGCUUUACUGAAGGAACGAUUCGUCUUCAGCUUCAGAAAUUCUCUGGAGAUUUCAGCCUACAGGAAACUGGAGACAAAAUACAGCAAGUGGUCCUGGAGUCUUCACUGUGCCAUGAUGGAAAUUGAGAACAAACUACACAACAAAAUAGAAAAUGAAGCAAUUCAUGAGGUUGAGGAAACCGAUCUUCAAAAAGAACUGAAGAAGACAAGUGAAGAAGUGGAGAAAUCAAUGUCAGAAUUCUUUGAGAAAGACAAAGAUAAAGAAAUACUGAUUCACUGGAAAACAUCAUUUGAAAUCAAAAUCAAAAAUGUUCAAAACAACAUUAAUCAAGUAAUUCACAAACUCCAUCUUCAAGGCAGGCAACACAUACUGAGAGCUGCAGAUGUUCUCCAGAUAACUGAACAUUCAAUACAGUCCCAUGAGUCUUGUGUUGAAGAGGAGCUUGUUCAGACUUUCAUACAAAAACUACUAAUACAUAACUAUAGGGCAAGAUACAUUAAAAAGAACAAUGAGAAAGAUCAAACACUUCAAAGAGGCAAUGACUCGUCUGAAGAUGAGAGUGAUAUUUUUGAUGAUGUUCUUAAAAACAAUGAAUCAAGUCAAUCUGAGCAAAUCCACCCGAUGGACGUUCAGAUGGCCGUGUUUCAUUGUGCUGAUGGUUUCCUGAAGCAGUUGAUGGUCACUAAACUGUCCCAGUGUCAGUACGCUCUGCCUCUGCUUGUUCCUGAUCCAGACACACAACAGAUUGAGUUUCCUCUCUGGACAUUCAGACAAAUCAACAAGAGCUGGAAGAUGAGAAACACCAACAAUGAGAUCAUCAGUCAAACCCAUCCGGUCUACAAGGCACAAACUCCAAUGGUGUCUUUCUUCAGGUUUGGCUCUGUGUCUUCAUCCAAGUCUCAGCUGAUGAACAGUCUGAUCAAUGAGAAACACAACACGUUCUUUCACAGGAACUGUCCAGGCAGCAGCAGAACCAGAGUCCUGAUGGAUGGAGUGGUGGAGAUCGCCUGGUUCUGCCCCUCUGGGAAAAACACGGAUAAAUUCACGGACUGUGUUGCGUUCUGUAAUCUACACGGUGAUGCAGGAGAUCAUGAGAAACAGCUGCAGAUCCUCACUGAAAUGGCCUCAGUCAAUGUUGUUCUUCUACCACAACUUCAGAAAAAUGACAGAAGUGCAAGAAUAAUGCAAGGUCUGUAUCGUAACAGAAAGCCACUAAUUUGUCUUUUUACUGAGGAUGAAUCUACUCUAACUAAGAUGAAGAAAGGAAAAUUCAAAAUUGGUCUGAAGGACAGAAAUCAGUCAGAAGUAUCUGACGAACUCAAAAGAGUCAUAACUGAUUGUCUCUCAGAAUCAUCUUCCACUUUCAGACUUGAAGAUUUGUCCAAACACUCAGACAUCAGAGUAGAUGAGGAAGAUGAUGAAGACUGCAGGAGAGGAAGAGAAUUAGCACAGCAGAUGAUGAGUUUACUGGAGAAGAAAGAGCUGACAGAAAUCAAAGACUCAUUUCUGCCUCAUCAGGGGAAACUGUGGCAUCAGUGGAGUCAGAAGAACAAAGAACUACAUCGACCUCGAUCUGAUGAACUAGAAAUGGACAUCAGAAGGAAACAAACAGAUAUGAAUAAGAUCCGUAAACAGCAGCAUGAAUUUGACAUCAGUGAGUUUAUGAAAUUGUUCAUUAAAGAAAUUAACCCGCAUGCUGCAAAUAAUAAUAUUUUUUUCAUCAAAUGGCUUGGAAUCCUGCUGGAUGAACAUACAUCGGCUGAUCUUUCUGAGCAGAUCAAAGCUGAACAAGCAGAACUUGAGAGAAUAUCUGAGGAUCUUCAAGCUGCAUCCUUUGGUCUGGAGCACAUCAUGAGGGAGAUCGGUCAGAUCUAUGAAUCAUGUUCAUCUGUGAAGAAGAACAAGAAAGAUCUGCCGUUUGACUUCUCUUCUCUCCCGAGUCUUGCAGCAGAGAUGAUGAUCUCUGGAUUUCCACUGGAGCUGAUGGAUGGAGAUGCUGCUCAUGUUCCUGUGAUCUGGAUCUCUGCUGUUCUAGAUAAACUCAUCCAGAAACUGGGAGACCAGAGAGUCUUUGUGCUGUCAGUUUUAGGGCUUCAGAGCUCUGGGAAAUCCACCAUGCUGAACGCCAUGUUUGGACUGGAGUUUGCCGUCAGUGCUGGCAGGUGCACCAGAGGAGCUUUCAUGCAGCUGGUCAAAGUCUCAGACGAGAUGAAGACACAGAUGAACUUUGACUAUAUUCUGGUUGUUGAUACUGAGGGUCUUCGUGCUCUAGAACUGGCUGGAAGAUCAACAAGACAUCAUGACAAUGAAUUGGCCACAUUUGUUGUUGGUCUUGCAAAUCUGACCUUGAUCAACAUCUCUGGAGAAAACCCAUCUGAGAUGCAGGACAUUCUUCAGAUUGUUGUUCAGGCCUUCCUGAGGAUGAAGAAGGUCAGACUGAAUCCCAGCUGUGUGUUUGUGCAUCAGAACGUCUCAGACAUCAUGGCUGGGGAGAAAAUCAUGGAGGGAAGGAGACGACUGCAGGAGAUAAUGGAUGAGAUGACAAAACUCACUGCUAAAGAUGAAGUCUGUGAUGCAGAAUGUUUUAGCGAUAUCAUUAUAUUUGAUAUUCAGAAUGAUGUGAAGUAUUUCGCUCAUCUUUGGGAGGGAAACCCACCGAUGGCACCACCAAACCCAAACUACUGUGAGAAUAUUCAAGAACUAAAGAAAACUAUUAUGUCUCAUGCCUCAAAGUCACAUGGAACGAUGCUGAUAGACUUAAAAGAUCGUAUUAAAGAUCUCUGGGAGGCUUUACUGAAGGAACGAUUCGUCUUCAGCUUCAGAAAUUCCUUGGAGAUUUCAGCCUACAGGAAACUGGAGACCGAAUACAGCAAGUGGUCCUGGAGUCUUCGCAGUGCCAUGAUGGAAACUGAGAACAAACUACACAACAAAAUAGAAAAUGAAGCAAUUCAUGAGGUUGAGGAAACUGAUCUUCAAACAGAACUGAAGAAGACAAGUGAAGAAGUGGAGAAAUCAAUGUCAGAAUUCUUUGAGAAAGACAAAGAUAAAGAUAUUCUGAUUCAGUGGAAAACAUCAUUUGAAAUGAAAAUCAAAGAGCUUCAGGAAAACAUUGUGAGAGAAACAAAGAAGAAAUUAAGUGUGAUACUUCAGCAGCGAGACCUGAAGAAAAAGAUUGAUGCUCAGAGGAAACAUCAUGAGAACGCUCUCUAUGAAAAGAGCAAAGAACUUCCCUUAAAACUCAAAGACAAAGCACAAGAUGAAGAACAUUUGAAGAAAAAAAGUGAUGCUGAGAGGACACAUCAUGAACAUACCCUUUAUAAAAAGAGUAAAGAAAUUGCCUUAAAACUCAAAGAAAAAGCAAAUGAUGAAGAAACAAUGAAGAAAGAAUUUGACUUGUUUUGGGAUCAGAGUGUGAAGAAGAUCAUCACAGACACUCUUCCAAUCAAAGACAUUGACCUAAUGAGAGAUGCAAGAGACAUCCUCAGUGAUGUCAAUGAGGGGCACCUCUCUGUGGACCACAAUAAAGACGACAGUGAGUACAUCAAUAUUUUCACUGUGUCCAGUUACAAUGAAUAUAUUAGUUUUAAAAAAUCCACAAAACGUUCGCCUUUAAAGGGUGCUUACAGAAAAUUUAAAAAAAAAAUUGGACACAGUCGAACUCUGUCUCGAGAGAAGGAAGCUCAAAUCAAGUCAUUAGUCACAGAUGUUGACCAGCAGACAGACAAGAUGAUUGAGUCAUUUAACAUUUCAAAGAUGGGCUACAACAUCAGCUACAUUAAACAAAUCACAGAUUACAUCAAGGAAAGAGUAACAGAACAUCAGGAAGGAUCAGAGAAAUAUGAAUUCAAGAAUGAAUUCUUCGUGGAUUUGGUUCUUUCCAUCUGUAAGAGAGCAAAUGAGACGAUCACUGACCAACACAGAAAGUACAAGGAAGCAAUAUAUGUUCAGAAGAGAGAAGAACAGUACAGUAUUUUCCAGAAAUACUGUCAUGGAGCAACAUCAACAGCCAUUUUUGGAGAGCUCGUCUGUCAGAAACUGAAAGAGCCCAUUGAGCAGAGUGUCUACAAGAAGACUGCCAGAGAUCUGACGGAUGAAAUGAGAUCAAACUGUGAAUCACUGAAAGGAAACAGAUCAAAUCUGGAAAAACACAUCCUGAAGACACUGGCAGAAGAGGAGGAUUUUGACAAAUACAUGAACUACAUUAAAACUCCCAGAGAUCACUUCAAGAGUUUCAUCAGAGAUGAAGUCAGUCGGUACAUCACUGAUAAGUUCAGUGUCAGUGUUUUACCCAAGAUGGAGAAGAACAUUAAACUCCUGCAGCAGAAGAUCAUGAAAGCAGCACAUGAAUCUACUGAUCAUGUUCAAGUGAACAGAGGAGAUGUUGGAUUAUGGUUGAAGAGUUUCACACAGCAGCUCUCAGACGUGCUGAUCUUCUCUGAAAAAGACCUCAGUGGAGUCAAACAUGAUGAUGUUGAGGAUUUCAGCUUCCUAGAAGAUGUGAUGAAAAAAGAACUUCCUGCUAUAAUGUCUGAUAUCUACUGUAAAUUCAACACAGAGGCAUUUCCAGUAAAUCUGGACUAUAAAUUCAGGCCAGAUGAGCUUCUGAUUGGUCACUUCUGUCAGUGCUGUUGGGUUCAGUGUCCGUUCUGUGGAGCCGUCUGCACUAACACCAUAGAAAACCAUGAUGGAGAUCACAGUGUUUCUUUCCAUCGUAAUAUUGGACUAAAUAGAAUAAAUUACAGGAAUACAUCUAACUUGUCUACUCAUAUCUGCACAUCAGCAGUGGCAAGCAAGACUCUGUAUUUUCAUCCCAAUGAUUCAGAUGAUUUAGUUCUCUGUAGAGAUUAUAGAACAGCAGGAGAAGUUUAUGCUAACUGGAGCAUCACUCCUGAUCUCUCUGAACUGCCCUACUGGAAGUGGUUUGUGUGCAGAUUCCAGAAAGAUCUGGAAAAAUACUACAAUAAAACAUUUGAGGGGGAAGAAGAGAUUCCAGAUGGAUGGAGAAAAUACUCUAAACUAGAUGCUAUUGCGAGUUUAGAGAAAUGUAUCUAAAGGAAAUGGUAAAGAAUGAGACUCUUAUGUCAGAAACUCCUCAGAUC